AGCCGAUUGCUCCCUCGAACGCCGCUCGGCCGCGGCGGUCGCGGCAUGGCGCCCGCGGACGGGCCGGCGCUGGAUUGGCUCCUCACGGCGGGGACGCAGGCGGAGGCCGCUAUUGGGGACAGGCUGCUUCCGGCGCUGUCUGCGGAGGACCCGGUUGACGUCCCCCGAGCAUCCGCGAGCUGGUGCGGAUACCCUCGCUGUCUGGCAGCGGCGUGAGCUCGGGCUCCUACCGCCGCACGGCAGACUGGCUCCUGGCGCGCUGCGGGGAGCUGGGCCUCCGCGCCCGGGAGGUGUCGCCCGUGGAGGGGAAGCCCGUCGUCGUCGCCACGCUGGAGGGCUCCGAGCCCGGGCUGCCCUGCAUAGUCCUCAACGGCCACUACGACGUGGUGCCGGUCAUGCUCGAGAAGUGGUGCUGCGACCCCUUCGCCGCACAGGUGCGGGACGGCUACGUCUUGGCGGCGGGCAGCCCAGACGGGGACUAUGCGGGCAGAGGUGGGCCGUGCAUCUACGGGCGCGGCAUCCAGGACUCGAGACAUGAAGUGCGUCUGCGUGCAGUACCUCGAGGCUAUCGCGAGGCUGCAGCGGAAGCACGGCGGCGAGUGGCGCCCGCGCCGCACGUGCCACCUGACCUUCGUCCCCGACGAGGAGAUCGGCGGCAACGACGGCAUGGCCGCCUUCUUGGAGACAGCAGAGUUCAAGGCCUUGCAGCCAAUCUCGUCGCGAUGGCUCUGGAUGAAGGGCUCGCCAACCCCCGCAACGCGUACACCGUCUUCUAUGGCGAGCGGACUCCGUGGUGGCUCAUUGUGCGGGCGCAGGGGCCGACGGGGCACGGCAGUCGAUUUAUAAAGAACACGGCAUUCGAGAAGAUGCUGGGUGUCUUGAACAAGGCGCAGGAAUUUCGCAGAGAACAGGAGGAGAUGUUGGGUUGGGAUCAGAUGGGUUGCAAGCACUGUCAAGCCAAGAAGCUUGGAGACGUCACCACUUUGAACGUGACCAUGCUGAAGGGUGGAGUCACCAUGGAUUCGGGCCAGACUUAUUCGUUGAACGUGAUCCCUACAGAGAUGGAGGCUGGCUUCGACGUGCGGCUGUCACCCAACCUUGUCACGUCAUCCUUCAAGGCUAAGCUCGAUGAGUGGUGCAACGAGGAGGGCCUGACGUGGGAGUUCGCUCAGUGGACGAAACCGCUUCACGAACAUUACCUCACGCCUGUAGAGCGGAAUGUGAACCCCUUCUGGGGCAUCUUUGAGGACGCUGUCGGCGCGGACGGCGCCAAGGUGGAGCGCGAGAUCUUCCCCGCGGGCACGGACUCACGGUUCCUGCGGGCGAUGGGCGUCAAGGCCUUGGGCUUCAGCCCCAUGCGCAGCACCCCGGUGCUGCUUCACGAGCACAACGAGGCUUUGAGCGUCGACAUGUUCUUGGAGGGCAUCGGUGUGUACUGCCGCGUCAUCGAGGCCCUCCUUGAUACGCCGCGUCAGGAGAUCGAGCAGGAAGGCGGCGCAGGGCAGCCUCCGGCGAAGAGGGCGCGGCCAACCUCGUGAGGACAUCGUGCGGUCUUCUGCAGAUCUGUCCGCGUUGCUUGCCCCUUUUCCGCGUAGUACGUCAUCUAGGUGCCGAUGCAGUUGCGAGCCCGGGCAGAGCAUCGCAGCAUCGCCUGGCCUGCCGUCUGCUCGAGCUACGAGGACCAGUUGCGGCGGAUGCAAUCGAACAGGAAUGCCGGUGUGCGCCAGUGUGACGUUGAACGCUUGUGUACCUAAGCAGUGCGUGAUACAUAGUUUUCACCUCGCCAAGAGAGAGAGAGAGAGC